AUGUCUCCCCACAAUGACGCCCCUUCUCCCACAAGCAGCUUCACGGCCGGCUUCAACAGGAUAUCAUUCCGCUCUACGGCUUCCUCGUCCCUCAUGACUGGACAUCUUGCUCCUGUUGACACACACUCGCCCCUGAGCAGCUCAUACAGCAGCAGCUCUCUAGACGCAUCGACUUUCCACAUGGCUCGGCCGCUUGUACCCGGCGUCUACGUGCCAACCAUGUGCUUCUUCGACGAAGACACUGAGGACGUGGACACGGCCACCAUCGCGCACCAUGCCGUACGGCUUGCUCGGGCCGGUGUGACCGGGCUUGCCACCCAGGGCUCCAACGGAGAGGCCGUUCACCUCACGCACUCUGAGAGGCAGCUAGUCACGGCUACCACGCGGAAGGCCCUCAAUGACGCGGGCUACUCCCACAUGCCAAUCAUUGUUGGCUGCGGCGCCCAGAGCACGCGCGAGGCUAUCCAGUACUGCCGUGAAGCAUGGGAAGCGGGUGGCGACUACGCCCUUGUGCUCCCGCCAUCCUACUACGCCCCGCUGUUCGCCCCGGCCUCGCAGACCAUCGUCGAUUACUUCAAUGCCGUAGCGGAUGCCUCGCCCAUUCCCCUAAUCAUUUACAACUUUCCCGGCGCCGUGGGCGGCAUGGACCUGUCGUCAGACAUGAUCAUCCAGCUUUCCGGGCACCCAAACAUUGUGGGCGUUAAGCUCACGUGUGGCAACACGGGAAAGCUGAACCGCGUUGCUGCAGCCACGCGCAAGCUCACCAAGAAUUUCGACCCCAGCAACCCCGAGUUCCUGGUUCUCGCGGGCUCCGCAGACUUUUCCAUCCAGUCUCUUGUGGCUGGCGGCCAUGGAAUUCUAGCCGGCCUGGCCAACAUUGCCCCCAAAUCAUGCAUCCAAACCAUUGAGCUCUACAAGCAGGGAAAACAGACCCAGGCCCAAGAAGUACAAGAGAUCGUCUCGGAAGGUGACUGGACCGCCAUUCAGGGCGGAGUUGUCGGCGUCAAGGCUGGCCUGCAGAGCUGGAUGGGAUAUGGGGGCUACGCGAGAAGUCCCCUGCCCAAGCCAACUACCGAACAGGCCAAAAAGUGGAAGGAGGGCUUCAGAGACCUCGUCCUAUUGGAGAAGUCGCUGUGA